UCUUGCGAGAAUUGAACGUUUGAACUGUGGUACGUUGCUACGUUAUGAUCAGUGGAUGGUGCAACAGAAUAAUGGACAAUGGACCAAAAACUGAUGCAGAACUGCCGAACAUCGUCACUAUUUUUAUAGAUUUCCCACUUGCUGGCAGGUUUUGACUGGGUGCAUCAGUGCCACAGACUUCACCGACUGAUUUUCAGCCCCUUUGAAACAUUUCGCACGUUUCAUGUUUCAUCGAUGAUCAAUCAAGAUUCUCACUCAAGGAACUGAAGUACUGAUACCCAGACUGACCACUACAAAAGCGCUGGGUGGUGGCAUGUCUGCACAACUCCAUACGCCCCAUCCAGAUAUGACCUCAGUGUCAAACUAUCCUGCAUGGCUGUCGUUUAUCAGUGCUUCUAAUCUUCUAAACUAUAUCAUAGUUGUAUCUUCUGCCGUGAUUGUAUACGAUUGGGCAUUAACAUUCGGACAAGAGUUCGAACUGGUCUGGAUGCAUGUCUGGUCCUUCAUGACCGUCCUUUAUAUUUGUGUGCGCUACAUUGGAAUUCUAUAUUCUGUGAUCGUCAUAAUGGACUUUCUCCCAUCCUCGGUGACAGACGUAGUGGGCCGUAUCUUCUACUUCGUAAAAACAUGUUCACCUGUUGUCGUCAAUGCUCUGCUGGGUGUCAUCAUCAUGAUUCAGAUACAUGCUAUGUAUCAACGAUCCAAAAAGAUGCUCGUCUUUCUUGUUGUAUUUUUGUUGGCUUCCACGAUCGCCUCCGGCAUUAUCACGAUAAUGGCAAACAUCGGUGUUUCAGUAGACGAAUUCGUCUUUCUUGGCUACCGUAUGUGUGUUUACACAGCUGACACAUACCAUUUGGAUCUGGAAAACGAGAUUUUGAUACCCACCGCUAUAUGGGAGAUCCUCGCUUUUGUUCUUGCAAUCUGGAUUGUCAUAAAACACUUCCGUGAGCUGCGACAAUCUUCGACAGGAUUGACCAUUAGGGACUAUUUCAUGGUGUUAACUAAAAGUCAUGCGUUUUAUUUUGGAGCCUUUGCUGUCGUCACUUGCUUCAGCCUAGGUUCACUGUCUACAGAUGACUUGAACUUACCGUCGGCAGAAAGUAUCUUUAUUACUGCUGUUCUCCCAAUCGCCCAGGUUUUGCAGAUGUUUGUGCUGGGACCACGUCUGAUCCUCGGCAUUCGCGAAUAUCACGCUAAACUUGUGGCCAGGUCCGACGGGGGAACAGACAUGACGUCCAUUUAUUUACAGGCUGGUGGCGAUAUGUUGGCUGGUGGAGAUGUUUAGCACGGCGAUCCAAAUGAUCAACCAUGGUUAUUUGGAAUUUCGUCGUAGUAUUUAUUGGAGUUUCGUUGUGGUAUUUAUUUGGUGUUCUUGAGUGAUUUGGAGGAUAGAAUUAAGUAGAUUGGGAAAACCACUGCCAUGCUAUUAGAAUUAUCAUUAAUUAUCUCCCA